AUGAGCUGCCGCGACGAGGGGGCGUGGCCUCGUUGGAGCCGUCUUUUUCCGGGCGAAACAGUGCCACGUGUCACCCAUAACGGAUACGUGCACGUGGAAAUUGUACGGCGACGCGGGGGUCGGACCGCCGCCGCCGACGUCGAAAUGAUUUGUGGAGGCGGCGGAGCGGGAGCGGGAGCCGUCAAACCGAGCAAUUUUGUGGAAAUGUUCGACGAGGAGGAGCGCAAAUCGGCGAGGAAUAAGAGUGUGAAGUGGGAGGACAAACUGGUGGUGAGCAACGGAUAUUGUACGGUUACUGUAGUGCACCAACUUUCAAGAGCUACAGUACCGCUGAGAGUGAUUGUACAGAAAUGUUGUCAACUAGACAAAAAUAGUUCAUGACUUGCACUUUAUUUUUCUAGUUGACAACUUUUCUGUAUAACCACUCCCAAAGAUACUGUAGCUCUUGGAAGUUCGCAAUAGCUAAGUGUUUUGAUGGCAACUUCCAAGAGCUACAGUACUCCAGAGAGUGCUCGUACAAAAAAGUGAUCAACUGAAAAAAUGAAGUACUAGACGUCAAGAUAUUGCAAAAAAUUUUCUAGACCUCAGUGUCACCGCAGAAAUCUACAAUAUUUAUUUAAAGUUGAUCAAUUUUCAUACCAUCAAGGAUCAGAAUUUCGCAACAGUUUUCUUCAAAUUCCAUAGUGCCACGUCACGACACUGAGAAACUUCGACUUUGCCGAAAACCCUAUGAUUUCAUCGCAGCAGCGAUGACUGCGCAAAACCGUAACUAAUCCAGUUUUUGUACAUACCACUAUUAUGCAUACACUUUUUCACUUUCCCCCCCUCCCGGCGCCAACUUUUCAUCCCUUUCCCGUGUUUAGUUGCAAAAAGUGAGAUUAUUGUGUUUUUCGUGUCGAAAAUUGAGAAAAACAGACAAUAUAUACAAAAAAUCGUCGUUUUUUGUGCCCGUUUUUGAUUAGCUAUUAGUCAUCGGCAACACAAGAGAGACGCAGACACGCCACGCCCACUUUUUCCGUGGAAGACGAUGAUACUCUUCUGGGAACAGAAGAAGAAGAAGAAGAAGAAGAAGGAGAAGAAAGAGAGAGAGAGAGAGAGAGUGUAUAUUGUACGAUACUGUUUUCGGGCGGCAACGUUCCUUCUUCUCCAUGAUACGUUUCCUCGUAGGCCUACUAUAGUCAAAAUUCUACUCAAAACUAUUGAUAUUAUACUUUUCCGGGUUUAGUAUUGUAGGAUUACUGUAGUGCCACGUCAAGGCGUGCUAGGUUUUGAAAGAUUACUGUAGUUGUGCCACGUCAACCAUCAACUCACAACCAACAAUUUUCAGACGAAAGAAGAGAUCCUGGAAGUGAACUCGCGAGCCCCUUUGCCACGUCAGCAUUCUGUCUCUACCGUAUCGCCGUUGAGAAGCUCCAGCGACGAUCUGAACAACGAUUCGGGCAUCGACAAUCGGACCGUCGAGUCACCCUCCACCUCCGACUUUUCGCCUAGAAGUGAGUUUAGAGACACUAACUUUAAACGGAUAUUGUAGACUUCUGCGGGGCUGUCAGGGUCUAUAAAUUUUUUUGUGAAAUCUUCACAUCUAAUACGUUAGUUUUGUAGUUGAUGACUUUUUUGUAGAACCACUCCCUGGAGUACUGUAGCUCCUGGAAGUUGGUUGGCACUGAAUCACAUGUGUAAACUUCUAGGAGCUACAGUACUCCAGGGAGUGCUGGUACAAAAAAGUUGUCAAUUGCGAACAUGAAGUACUAGACAUGUACUAUAUUUUUGUAGUUGACAACUUUUUUGUACAACCAUUUCCCGGAGUACUAUAGCUCCAAGAACUUAGGGCUAGUUGAAACCAUCUUUAUUUCUAUGCUAACUUCCAAGAGCUACAGUACUCCAGGAAUGGGUUGCUCAACAAAGUUGUCAACUACAAAAACACAGUACUAGACGUCAAGAUUUUACAAACAAAUUUAUAGAACCAUAUCGCUUUUCUAGACAUCACAAAACUCGUUCAAAGUUCAUCCUUACUCUGUUGCUAUUGUAUGUUUCCAGGCACGGACCUGUUCGUCUCGCCGAAGUCUCUUCCCGACGAGGAGCCUCCGCAUCAUCCUCCGCCACCUCCGCCGGUCGAAGAGAAGCUCGAUCAGGUGCUGAUCCCAUUAAAGUACUCGCGGAGUCGAAGUUCCGAGUACGCGCCCGUCCACGAGGCCGCGCACUACUAUGAUCAGUGUCCGGACGAGGAAGACCAACUGAAAGAGCCACAUUCGAAUCGAUAUAUUGUCGGUUUCACAGAAAAUGGAAACGAUCUCAUAAUAUCAACUUCAGGAAACGUCGCGAGCCAUCGAAAAGAGCACGUUCAUGCCGGUGACUUCCGCUCGAGUCGAGGCCACUUUUAAACAGCCGCCGCCGCGCGAGGGGGUCAAACCGUUCGUGUCCCGGGCCGCUCAGGAACUCAAUCAGAAAAGGGCCGAACGGGUGGAGAACAUCGAUCUGACCGUCGAGCUGAAUCGCGAGCAGAAGGCCACUGUGACCGCCACCAAGUACCCGAGGACCGAUUUCAUUAUGGAGGUCCGUGUCGCAACUACCGUAACCUCACUCAAUUUUCGUUGCAGGACCAUCACAAUCCACGUCCCCAACAUCAAAAGUCCUCGUCGAGCACUCGGAUCUACCACGCAGUCGAUAUCCCGCUGGACGAGUCGCCGCCGGCCGCCUAUCAUCCCAAAUCGGAACAGUUCACGACGUACCGCCGCCACUCGACGGCGGGCGGUCCCUCAAAGACCGACGGUCUGUUCACGCUGCAAGUGGUGAUGGGCUCGCAGCCGGUGCACAAGGGAAUGGGCUUCACGGCGGGCCGCAAGGGCGAUCAUCAGCGCGUCAUCGUCGAGAGUGUCAUCGUCGGAUCGCCGGCCGACAAGGCCGGAUUGCUGGUGAGUCGAGGACCGCAGGAAAUGGGUACACUUUACUCAAUAUUGUCUACACAGGUCGGCGAUACGAUUCUAUCGAUAAACGGAGAGGAUAUGGACGACAAGUACCAGUCGGGCGUCUCCAGAAUCCUUCACGAGGCCGCCCGAGUCGGAGAAGCCGAUAUUCUCAUUCUCAGAGCGCGUAAGUCGAAUCACAGAAAACUUAUCAAAAAGUUGUCAACUGAUGAAAUGUUCAAAAAGACAUUGCGCACAUUUUAUCUGUUGAUCACUUUUUGAAAUGUCUACAAAUAGCUGAGAUACAGCUGUUUGAAUGGACAAUAACCACAAAGUAUAUGUGCAGCAGCCCCAACUCCGUUGCUCACAAAGCAAACCUCCUCUUCCUCGUCGAGCGCUUCGAGCAACUUUGACAAGGUCCGUUCCGUGUUCGCCGACAACCGCUCGUUCGAUUCGUACGCCGAGUUCAAGCGGAAGCACUCGCGCGCCUCCGCCUCCUCCUCCUCCUCUUCGACAAACAGAUCCGCGCGCGACUUCAACAGUCUGCCACGUGGCGCGACGGCGGUCCCGUUGGAUCGGCGGAGGGACGCCUCGCUGUCGAGCUACCGCACCGCCCAGGACCACUUUAACUCGUCGUCGGCGCGCAGCAGCGGGCGGAGCGAGUACGGCGACUACCGCGUGAGCAGUUACCAGGAGAAGAACGCGCCCGGCAAGCUCACCGACUUUGUGCCGGAAGUCGAUCGACGACGCAUGAGCCGCCGGGAACAGUCUGAGCAGAUUUACGCGAACGGACGGGAACACGAGCCGAAGACCAUUCGAAACUAUCAACUGAGCAACGAGAAUAUUGCGGUGAGGCGCCGCUCGUCGUCUUUGUAAACCCCACAAUAUUUCAGCGCACCAACCUCAACUACGAUGGACGUCGCGAUUCGGAAGCCGAGUCGACGACGACCACUUUGAAGAGAUCCACGCUGCCGAGAAGUGUGAGUCGCGCCGGUUACUGUAGGUCGACGCACCGAAAGUGCGUCAGCACACGUCAACCGAAAGCAAAAACAACAAAAAUUUUCCACAUGAAACACAGUGAGAACACAACAAAAAGACGUACAAUACUUUCAUGUUCCCUGACUCAUAGGCUCAUGGCCCCGCCCCCCAUUGUUGUGGGAACGAAGACAAAAAAAAAACCGAAAUGCGCGCCGCCAGUACACUUUUAUUAUUCCCACACUUGUGUGCUUUAAACUUUUCCGAUAUUCCCUACAAUAUCGUGCAAUGCUUUUGUGUUGCGGAAAACAGCGAAAACGCAAAGUUGGAGGAGCGCAAGUUUGGCAACAUGUGAGUUUUCCGGUGGAUUACUGUAGGUUCGUGUUACUGUACGGACCUACAGUAAUCCCUUCCGAACCUUCUCCAGAGACGAACAAUAUCAAUUCGUGUCAUAUAAAGUUGCGCCGAAAUGGAAAAACCGGGGCAAAUACACAUAAACAAUGAGUUUGUGUGUGUCUCACUCUCUCUCUCUCUCUCUCUCUCUCUCUCUCUCUCUCUCUCUCUCUUUCAUUGUUUAUUCGGAAGAGAGAAUUGGAUGCGCUCCCCUUUUUUUUCCGGGGCAAAAGACAAACAACGCAUGUUUUGUACAGAAAUUGAGACUUUCCCCUCCCAAGUUUCCCAAGUUUCCGGGCGGUUCCUGCUGGUUAUCCGGGUCAUGUUUGCAGAUAUAUUGUAGAUUUACACAUUCGAUGCCCAAAAUUUUCGAAUUGAACCGUUUUUCCGCGUUUUUUUUCUGAUCUAGACACCACGCGAUUGACGCCAGGAUCGAGAAACGCGUCAGCAAUUUUUGCUGGCGCAUUUUCGGUGCAACGCAUUUUCUGAUCUGACGGGAUUUUCUGACGCGAUUGACGCCAGGAUCGAGAAACGCGUCAGCAAUUUUUGCUGACGCAUUUUCGGUGCAACGCAAUUCUUUGGAAUUUCAGGGCACCGCAACGCAUUGGCGAGAGAAGGCCGAGUAUUCGGAUGUGGAGGAAUUCGCCGAAAAAGUUCCAGUGGUAUGUUUUUUUUUUUUUUUUUGUUUUUCCGCUUCUCUUCCCCUCAUUUCCUAUCCUAUCCCUUUGUGAUUUCGGGUUACUGUAGGUGCACUUGCAUGUAAUCAAUUCCAAACUAACAACUUCUUCUUCUAACUCUCUCUCUUUCUCGCUCGCUCGCUCGUCUUUCGGUCACGAUCCACCGGGGUCCAUCACCAAAAACCAAUUUCAGAAAGGCGCUGCGAGCCGUGAGUCGUCGCCUUUGAGAAGUGCUCUCAAGAAGGCGGCGGACAACUAUUACGCGCCGCCGAGACGGUCCCAUUCGACCGAGUCGCUCCCGAAAACCUAUCAAAAGUAUUCGGACGAGGAGAUUUACUCUUCGUCGAUGCGAGGGCGUCACGAGCAUCCGCGCGACUUUGAAGAGUUCCACACGGUCGGCUCGUACGGUGUGAACCGGCGGGACCACCCGAGAUCUCGGAGCCAACAGCCGCCGCCGCCGCCCGCACGUCGCUACGAUGACGUGGCAUUCGGAUUCGAGGACGACGACGACGUCAGCGCGGUCUCCCAUCGGUUCUACGAUCGAGACGGAAAUCAUGUGCGGGUGCCGAGGGACCACAGCCGGGACAUUGAGAUUCGCAGAGAGUACGGAGGAUCCGGGCAGCCCAGGGAGCUCGACUUUGUCAGGGACACUUAUCAGUGGCAGGAACAGCAGGAGGAACGCAGGGAGACCACGACGACGAGGACCGAAAUUUAUGAGAAGGUGGAGGAGAAUAGGACAGAGACUAACUCACACACACUCACUUUAGCGGACACUUUAGAAAUCGGGCACCGCGACCACAUCACUCACUUUUUUGAGACUUGAAAAUCGUUAAAAUUCAAACGGAUAAUGUAGUAGUGCUCCGAGACGUUCUAUUGAUCUAGAAAUUUUUUUGCGAGUUCUUGACGUCUGGUAUAACAAUUUUGUAGUUGAUCACUUUUUUGUACACCCACUCCCCGGGGUACUGUAGCUCCGGAAAGUUGGCGCUGAAACACACAGCAGUUGGGGUAGGUCUGAAUUCCAAGAGCUACAGUAGCUCAGGGAGUGGUUGUAUCAAAAAGAUGUCAACUACUAAAAUAUUCUUCACAUUUAGCACUUCAUUUUUGUAAUUGACAUUUUUCGCGUAAAAUCAUUUCUAAGAAUACUGUAGCUCUUGGAAGUUCGACUUGGCUAAAAGCCGAUGCAUUUCAUAGCCCACUUCCAAGCGCUACAGUACCCCAGGGAGUUGUCAUAGCAAAAAGUUGUCAAGGACAAAAUUGAAGUACUAGACGUCAAGAUUUCGAGAAAAAAUUUUCAGAGCAAUACGACGUUUUUCGGCUGUACAGUACUCAUUCAAAACGCCUAGAGUUUAGCUGCUUCCCUUUAGAUGAUCUAGUCAACUUUUCCUCAAUUUUCCCCCCAAAAUGCCUCGUUUUUCGCCUCCAUCACCCUGUAAUCGCCACUUUAGGAAUCCCGUGAUUGGCGUGACGUCAUCAACCAGCAGCGCCAGCCAGCUCCCGGAUACUCGACGGAUCGUCGUGGCAUCGCCGUCACCUCUGCCUCCCUGAGGUACUUUUUCGCGCCCAUUUUGAAUCUUUCAUCAAUUUGAUCGCUUUCAGCAACCUUCCCGCCUAUAUGAACCGUCGUCUGGAGCAGGAGAAGGAGCGCGAGCAGAAGGAGUACUCGAGAAGCCAUCGGGAGUACGUGGAGCCGCCGGCGGUCACCGAAAAGUACGAGAGGGACGAGUACUCGCGCGUCGAAGAGCACACUUACCCGGUGCCGGUGCAGCGCAACCAGAAGAAGAGCAACGAGGAGACUUUUGUGCACAAAGACGGCCAUCAGAGCCAGCGAGACGACGUGGUGGCGGUGAGCGGAAAGCACAAGUGCGCGCACUGCAAAGAGGAACUCGGCCGCGGCGCCGCGAUGAUCGUCGAGAGCCUUCAGCUCUUCUACCAUCUCGCCUGCUUCAAGUGCUACGUCUGCAAAACGUCUCUAGGUAGGUGCAAAAAAAGCUAAGCCCAAUGCGGGGCUCGAACCCGCGACAACCAGAUUAAGAGUCUGGUGCUCUACCGACUGAGCUAACCGGGCGGCGAGCGACUGAAUGUGGCAAGCCGGUCAAAUAGAAGGCACGCGGCUGCUACAACGGGCAGGGAAGGGGAAGGGAGAGACGCAGAACAUGGCAAUGCGAGUGUAAAAAAGGGGUGGGGGGGCGGGUAGAAAUGCCUGUGUUUCAGAGAACUACAAUACCCGUUAUUCCAGGAUCCGGAGCCACUGGAGCGGAUGUUCGUGUCCGCGACGGAAAUCUUCACUGCCAGGCGUGCUACAGCAACGAGCGAGUGCAAUUGAGCAAAGUCUAA